AUGGCUUCCCAUGGAGUCGCUUCCUCUUCUUCUUCCACUAGUCGGUGGAGAUACGAUGUGUUCCUGAGUUUUAGAGGCGAAGAUACUCGUCUCAAUUUUACUGCCCAUCUACACAAAGCUUUGGAUCGAAAGGGAAUCAACACCUUCAUAGAUGAUGAUGAGCUUAAAAGGGGAGAGGAGAUUUCUCAAGCACUUCUCAAAGCCAUUGAGGAGUCGAGAAUUUCAAUCGUUGUAUUCUCUCAAACCUAUGCAUCGUCCAAAUGGUGCUUGGACGAGCUAAUGAAGAUCGUUGAAACAGAGGGGCAAACGGUUCUACCAGUAUUUUACAAGGUGGACCCAUCAGAUGUACGGCAUCAAAAGAACAGUUAUGGAGAAGCAUUGGCUAAACAUGCAGAAAAGUUCAAUGAUGAUGAGAAAGUGGAGAAAUGGAAGGCAGUCCUAACACAAGUGGCUAAUUUGUCGGGGUGGCAUUUAAAGAAUUACAUGAAUGAAGCUAAAUUUAUUGAAGAACUCGUUCAUGAGGUCUCAGGAAUCGUGAAUCACACAUACUUGCACGUAGCCAAGCAUCUAGUUGGAAUAAAGUCUCGUGCACAGAAGAUCAUUUCACUUUUAAGUAUUCAUGAGAAGAAGGAUGUACGCAUGGUAGGAAUCUUAGGAACCGGCGGAAUUGGUAAGACAACUAUUGCCAAAGAUAUCUUCAACUCAAUUGCCUCUCAGUUUGAAGGUAGUUGUUUUCUUUCAAAUGUUAGAGAAACUCCUUUGGUCGAACUACAAAAUACACUUCUUUCGAAAAUCCUAAGACCUAAUGUGGUGGUUUACAGUGACGACGAAGGAAUUAUCAAGAUAAAGGAAAGACUUCGUUCUAAAAGGAUACUCCUUAUUCUUGAUGAUGUGGGUAGUAAACGGGCCCAAUUAGAUAAAUUGGCUGGAGAAGUUGAUUGGUUUGGUUUAGGAAGUAGGAUCAUCAUAACGACAAGAGACAGCAAAGUAUUGACUUCGCAUGGAGUAGUUGAUGAUCUAAUAUAUAAGGUGAAGGAAUUGGACCGGAACAAAGCUCUCAAGCUCUUUUGUUGGUAUGCUUUCAGAGGAGUCAAACCUAUUGAUGAUUUUCUGAAACUAGUGGAAGAUGCAAUAAGUUAUGUUGGGGGCCUUCCACUAGCUUUAGAAGUGCUAGGUUCAUAUUUGCAUGGUAAAGAUAUGCGUAAAUGGAAAAGUGCUUUGAGAAAGUGGAGUGCACAUGAUAUUAAAAUGCUAGAUAGUUCUGGUUACUACUCAAUUGAUGGUAUUGAUGUACUUAUAGAGAGGUCUCUCAUAACCGUUGAUAGCCAAGACGGUUUGGCAAUGCACAACUUAUUGCGAGACAUGGGUAGAGAAGUUGUUCGACAAGAAUCACCUAACGACCCUGGUAAACGCAGUAGGUUAUGGUUUCAUGAAGAUGUUCGACAAGUCCUUGAGGAUGAUACGGGAACAAACAAAAUUCAAGGCAUAUUGGUAGAUUCGCUUGAAGGAGAAGACAUGGUGGACUUGAGUUCCAAGGCCUUCGAGAAAAUGAGAAGCUUAAGAUUGCUUUUGGUUACUCGUAAUGCACGUUUUUCUACUGGGCUCAAUUUUCUUCCUAAUAAGUUAAGAGUACUUGAUUGGCCUAAUUGUCCUUUAGAAUCUUUGCCACCUAAUUUUCGUGGAAGGAACCUCAGUAUUUUAAGAAUGGAUGGGAGCCUCCUCAAGGAAUUGAAGGGAAUCGAGGAACACAUCAUAUCUCCACCGACUAGUGGAAGAAGAAGAGGAAGCGACUCCUUGGGAAGCCAUGGAAGAAGGCUUCCUCUGUGUAUGCAAGACUACCACCUAGUAGCUAUAGAUAGUUGCCAUGCAGUUGCAAAACCAGUUUAA